GGCCUUGUGUCCCCAGACUCGUAGCACCUCACGCCGCCCGUGGCUCCUCUCUUUCCCUGGAGCGGAGGGAAGACUUCUUUUGUGAAUUGAGUAUCUCCCUCCCCCAAUUCCCCACCCGAAGCUUGCUGCCUCCUCCGGGUCCCGGCGGCCACGGCGAGGCCGCCUGAGCUUCAGGAGUAAGGGAAGAGGCAGCCUCUGGGUGUGCGAGUCCCCUGGGCGCGGGAAAGGGAAGAAGAAGACGAGGUGGCGCCGAGACCGCGGGAGAACACAGUGCCUCCGGAGGUGGGGGGCUCUUCCUCAUUUUGCCUGCCUUCUAGGGACCGCUCGGGCUUCUUGCAUCCAGAGGUACAGCCCCUGAACAGCCGGGAGUCCCGUCCCGUGUCCCGGACGAGGGGCAGGGCGCGCCAGCUCCGCACGCGGCGGGAGUGGGCGGCGAGCGCGGGCCCGCGAGGAAAUCUGCUCGGUCCCCGGCAGCCGCUGCUUCCCCUUUGAUGUUUUGGUACGACGUGCGCAUGCGCCUCACAUUAGAAUUACUGCACUGGGCAGACUAAGUUGGAUCUCCUCUCUUCAGUGAAACCCUCAAUUCCAUCAAAAACUAAAGGGAUGUGGAGAGUGCGGAAAAGGGGCUACUUUGGGAUUUGGUCUUUCCCCUUAAUAAUCGCCGCUGUCUGUGCGCAGAGUGUCAAUGACCCUAGUAAUAUGUCGCUGGUUAAAGAGACGGUGGAUAGACUCCUGAAAGGCUAUGACAUUCGUCUGAGACCAGAUUUUGGAGGUCCCCCUGUGGCUGUGGGGAUGAACAUUGACAUUGCCAGCAUCGAUAUGGUUUCUGAAGUCAAUAUGGAUUAUACCUUGACAAUGUACUUUCAACAAGCCUGGAGAGAUAAGAGGCUAUCCUAUAAUGUAAUACCUUUAAACUUGACUCUGGACAACAGAGUGGCAGACCAGCUCUGGGUGCCUGAUACCUAUUUCCUGAACGAUAAGAAGUCAUUUGUGCACGGAGUGACUGUUAAGAACCGCAUGAUCCGCCUGCAUCCUGAUGGCACCGUCCUUUAUGGACUCAGAAUCACAACCACAGCUGCCUGCAUGAUGGACCUAAGGAGGUACCCACUGGAUGAACAAAACUGCACCUUGGAAAUUGAGAGCUAUGGAUACACAACUGAUGACAUUGAGUUUUACUGGCGUGGCGAUGAUAAUGCAGUAACAGGAGUAACGAAAAUUGAACUUCCACAGUUCUCUAUUGUAGAUUACAAACUUAUCACCAAGAAGGUUGUUUUUUCCACAGGUUCCUAUCCCAGGUUAUCCCUCAGCUUUAAGCUUAAGAGAAACAUUGGCUACUUUAUCCUGCAAACGUACAUGCCUUCUAUCCUGAUUACCAUCCUCUCCUGGGUCUCCUUCUGGAUUAAUUACGAUGCUUCAGCUGCAAGGGUGGCAUUAGGAAUCACAACUGUCCUCACAAUGACCACAAUCAACACCCACCUCCGGGAAACUCUCCCUAAAAUUCCCUAUGUGAAAGCCAUUGACAUGUACCUGAUGGGGUGCUUUGUCUUCGUUUUCAUGGCGCUUCUGGAAUAUGCCCUAGUCAACUACAUCUUCUUUGGGAGGGGGCCCCAACGCCAAAAGAAAGCAGCUGAGAAGGCUGCCAGUGCCAACAAUGAGAAGAUGCGCCUGGAUGUCAACAAGAUUUUUUAUAAAGAUAUUAAACAAAAUGGGACCCAAUAUCGAUCCUUGUGGGACCCUACUGGAAACCUCUCCCCAACUAGACGGACUACCAAUUACGAUUUCUCUCUGUAUACGAUGGACCCCCAUGAGAACAUCUUACUGAGCACUCUUGAGAUAAAAAAUGAAAUGGCCACAUCUGAGGCUGUGAUGGGACUUGGAGACCCCAGAAGCACAAUGCUAGCCUAUGAUGCCUCCAGCAUCCAGUAUCGGAAAGCCGGGUUGCCCAGGCAUAGUUUUGGCCGAAAUGCUCUGGAACGACAUGUGGCACAAAAGAAAAGUCGCCUGAGGAGACGCGCCUCCCAACUGAAAAUCACCAUUCCUGACUUGACUGAUGUGAAUGCCAUAGAUCGGUGGUCCCGCAUAUUCUUCCCAGUGGUUUUUUCCUUCUUCAACAUCGUCUAUUGGCUUUAUUAUGUGAACUAAAACAUGGCCUCCCACUGGAAGCAAGGACUAGAUUCCUCCUCAAACCAGUUGUACAGCCUGAUGUAGGACUUGGAAAACACAUCAACCCAGGACAAAAGUGAUGCUAAAAUACCUUAGUUGCUGGCCUAUCCUGUGGUCCAUUUCAUACCAUUUGGGUUGCUUCUGCUAAGUAAUGAAUACACUAAGGUCCUUGUGGUUUUCCAGUUAAAACACAAGUGAUUUAUACACAUGGUGGCAAGACAGCCUGAGUGCUCCAUGUUGUCUGUUUAGUAUGCAGCCUACUCAGAGGGGAAUAAUUUGGAAGAUAUUCUUAGAAGGCUCAACAGCAUUUUCAGUCAUUUGGUCAUAACCAGAUACUCCUCAUCUUCCUUCUUAAGGUUGGCAUGCUGUUGAGAUGGCAUUGUGCUUAUGAAACAUUAUCUGUAAUGCCAUGCAAACACAUUACUUGAAGAUGAUCUAUGCUUUUCUUACUAAGAUGAUAAUGGUGUCAUGGAAGAUUAUUCCCACUGGUUUCUAAAAGAUUCUCUUGUGAUUGGAGCAGGCUAGGGGAAUCAAGACAGAGACUCAGGAAACCGAUUUGGCCAGUCUCUUUGCUUGAGCACAGAGAAUCAACUAUGAUGUCUUUCAUUUUGGCAUUUAGAGAUGAGGAGACUUCUGAACAUUAUCAUGCAUGGUGGCCAAGGAAACUUUUGCUAAACAGCUAUUUCCUAGGUGGUUAAAGUAAGAGUUAACAACACAGAGCAGAGUAGAAAAUCAGAAAUGACGGUUGUAACAAAAAUCAAGCAAGCAUGACCCUUAUCAGCUCCACACAGCAUCUGGUGUAUACAUACUGUGUCUAGUGGCAAAGGGUGAGUAAGAGAGAUUGUUUUUCCAUCAUCACAAGCUCUUGACAGCAUACCUAAAAAGGCUUUUAUAGUUUAAUCAAAGAUAACCAUGAAAUACAAAAGUUAGAGAAAUGAGAAUUGUCUUAGAUAUUCAGGUUAGAUUCAGAGUUAUUCAAAUAUACAAAUACAGAGCACAAACUAGCAAAUAUUGUUUUUCUCAGAUGUAGUCGGCUGUCACUGCAAUUUUUGCCCCUAUAAUUUUAUUUCUGAAUUUAAUAGCGUAUUUCAAGAGAAGGAUCUGUUCAUCGCUUUAAAGGAUUCAUGGUCCUCUCCAGCUUUUUUUUUUGCUUCCAAAAUUCUGAUUAUAUUCUUAGGAGACUGGCAAAGUAAGGCUUUGGAGAGAUUGGGUGAACUAUAUUUUCUUAUGUGCAAUGAAAUUCACCAGCGUAUUUUUCAAAGCAAAUAAUACUUCAAGGAGUAUGAACACACGGAGAGUUAAUUUGUGGAUUCAUUGGUUUUGGGCUUGAUUUUCUUAAGAGUGCUUUCAUUGUAUAUGUUGCAAUCUGCCUAAUCAAGGAAAAUAUGAAAACUAGUGGAAAAUAACAACAAAGCCACAUUAACAUGAUAAAUGUUAUAAGCCUCAGUUGAUAUUGCAGAAAAAUAUGUAACUGUUAAUCAGGCAGGCAUGAUGUAUUUUUUUUCUAUUUUUAGAUUAUGCCAUUGUGCUUCUUUCUAACUAAUUGGACGUAUGCAUUCAUAUGUUGGACAAGAAAGAGAAUAAGCUAAUAUGUCUUCCUUCUAUCAACAUAAGGCU